AUGGAGUCAGCAGGAGAAGGUACCCCGGUCAUGGAGGUGAAGGAGCGCGUCCAGGAGCAUGCUGGGAUCCGUCUCUCCAUGCCACAGGAGUACGACGGCAGUGCUGCCAACUGCCAGGGAUUCCUCCUCCAACUAAACCUCUAUCUGGCCACGGUUCACCCAGCUCCAUCGGACUGUGAGAGGGUGUCCGCCCUCCUCACAUGCCUCACCGGGAAAGCCCUGGAGGCCCUGAUCGACCACUACAGUCUGCGCGAGGACGUCCGUCGGGAGCUGGCCUGCAGAGACGCCACCCUCACUUUCGACCAGCUGGUGGACCUGUCCAUCUGGCUUGACAACUUACUGGCUACUCGCGAACGUCCAGAUCGGGCCACAGUGAUAGAGUCAAUGCACGGGGCACGCUUCUUCACCAAACUAGAUCUCAGGGGUGCAUACAAUCUGGUGUGUAUCCGAGAGGGAGACGAAUGGAAGACGGCUUUCAGUACCACCUCUGGGCACUAUGAGUACUUUGUCAUGCCGUACGGGUUUAUGAAUGCGCCAUCAGUCUUCCAAGCUUUUGUAGACAAGAUUAUCAGGGACCUGCACGGGCAGGGGUAUCGCAUUUCCACGUCAGGGGUGGAGAUAGAGAGUGACCACAUUGCAGCUGUGCGUAAUUGGCCGAAUCCCACCACGGUUAAGGUGGUGCAGCGAUUCUUAGGAUUAGACGUGUGGGCCAGAAUCAAAAUAAAGGCACCGUAUGUCCCUCUGUCUCUCUGCAGACAGCUCCUCAACCAAGAACAAACUCUCAACAUACACAGGACAAACACUCCUGUCACAAACAUAUUAUUUGGGGUGAGGAAUUGUGUUGUGGACAGCUCACUGACCGUACCCAUGGCUCUACUGAAGUCAGGCUGGCUCUGGAGACAGACCUCUAUCCUAAAACACUGGAAGCUGAAUUGGUGUGACCUGUGGAUCGAUGGAACCCUGGCCUUCUACAAGACGGACAGUAGGCGAGAAUUUGAGCACCGAGUGGGCCUCAAGACCAGCUGUGUGAGUGUCAAGUCUGGCCUGGAGUGUGCAGGUAUCUCUCCCCCAGAGAACCACCCCAGGGAAAACCUGGUGGUGGUGCAGCUUAGAGACAGUACCACAGUGAUCCUGUGUGCCAACAGUGAGGACGAGGCACUAGCGUGGAAAUUGACAAUUCUAGAGGUGAGACGAAACCCAUUUGUGUAUGACCCGUAUAACGACUCCUACCCGUCCGUCCCAAUGGACGGCCACAACACCAUCUACCUGGCUCCUGGAUCAGGUACCCACCACAUACUGAUCCAGAGAGACCCGUACGAUGGCAUAGGAGAACAGGUGGCACUGGGGCUACUGGCGGGCAUGGCGGCAGGCGCCGCUAUGCGCUCCUUUCUCUGGAUGCCCUUCUUUUUCUGCUGAUAUAGAAGGCCUCUAUAAGCAGGGAGACACGGCUGGGAAACGCCCAGGCUCAUAUAUGUAGUAGUGCUGCUGUAGGCAUCACUCCUGAAAGUCUUAUUUUCUUGUCAUCCUUGAGUAAAAGUAAUGAUACCUUAAUAGAAAAGGACUCAAGUAAAAGCGAAAGUCACCCAGGAAAAUACUACUUAAGAAAAAGUCUAAAAGUAUUUGGUUUUAAAUUUAAUUAAGUAUCUAAAGUAAAAGUAAAUGUAUACAUUAUUUCAAAUUCCUUAUAUUAAGCAAACCAGACUGCACAAUUAAAAAUAUAUAUUUUAUGGAUAGCCAGGGGCACACUCCAAAAAAUAAAUAGUAAAGUACAGGUACUCCAAAACACUACUUAAGUAAUACUUUAAAGUAUUUUUACUUAAGUACUUUAGACCACUGCCGUUGCAGAAUAUGGGUGCCCGUGUGUGUGUUUCUGUCUGUGUGUGUGUAUGUGUGUAUCAUCAUUUGUUGUACAUUUGUUCUUAAUUGACAUAACCUAAAUUCACACAGCAUAUUUAGUAGGAAUGUACAGUACCCGUCAAAAGUUCAGACACAUCUACUCAUUCCAGGUUUUUACUUUAUUUUUACUAUUUUCUACGUUGUGGAAUAAUAGUGAAGACAUCAAAACUAUGAAAUAGCACAUAUGGAAUCAUGUAGUAACCAGAAAAGUGUUAAACAAAUCAAAAUAUAUUGUAUAUUUGAGAUUCUUCAAAUUAGCCACCCUUUGCCUGGAUGACAGCAUUGCAUACUCUUGUCAUUCUCUCAACCAGCUUCAUGAGGUAGUCACCUGGAAUGCAUUUCAAUUAACAAGUAUGCCUUGUUAUAAGUUCAUUUGUGGAAUUUCUUUCCUUCUUAAUGCUUUUGAACCAAUCAGUUGUGUUGUGACAAGGUAAGGGUGGUAUCCAGAAGGAAUCCCUAUUUGAUAAAAGACCAAGUCCAUAUUAUGGCAAGAACAGCUCUAAUAAAGAGAAACAACAGUCCAUCAUUCCUUUAAGACAUGGUCAGUCAAUGACGAAAAGUUUCUUCAAGUUUCUUCAAGUGCAAUCGCAAAAACCAUCAAGCGCUAUGUUGAAACUGGCUCUCUCAUGAGGACCGCAACAGGAAAGGAAGACCCAGAGUGUCACGCCCUGACCUUAGAGAUCCUUUAUUCUCUAUUUUCGUGAGUUCGAGGUGUGACUAGGGUGGGCUUUCUAGUUUCUUUAUUUCUAGGUUGGCUUGGUAUGGUUCCCAAUCAGAGGCAGCUGUCUAUUGUUGUCUCUGAUUGGGGAUCAUAUUUAGGCAGCUUUUUCCCACUUGUUUGUGUAUAGUUGCCUUGAGCACUGCAUAGCGUCAAGUUCUUUUUGUUCUUUAUUGUUUUUUUGUCGGUUCACGUGAUAAAGAUGAUGAACUCAAACCACGCUGCAUUUUGGUCCGAUUCUUACAACAACGUUCGUGACACAGAGUUACCUCUGCUGCAGAGGAUACGUUCAUUAGAGUUAACUGCACCUCAGAUUGCAGCCCAAAUAAAUGCUUCACAGAGUUCAACUAACAGACACAUCUCAACGUCAACUGUUCAGAGGAGACAGCGAGAAUCAGGCCUUCAUGGUCGAAUUGCUUAGAAGAAACCACUACUAAAGGACACCAAUAAGAAGAAGAGACUUGCUUGGGCAAAGAAAUAAUGUCAAUGGACAUUAGACCGGUGGAAAUCUGUCCUUUAGUCUGAAUCCAAAUUUGAGAUUUUGGUUACAACCGCCGUGUCUUUAUGAGACACAGAGUAGGUGAACGGAUGAUCUCUGCAUGUGUGGUUCCCAUCGUGAAGCACGGAGGAGUAGGUGGGAUGGUGUUGGUGUGCUUGCUGGUGACACUGUGAUUUAUUUAGAAUUCAAGGCACACAUAACCAGCAUGGCUACCAAAGCAUUCUGCAGUGAUACGCCAUCCCAUCUGGUUUUUGCUUAGUGGGACUAACAUUUGUUUUUCAACAGGACAAUGACCCAAACCAGGCUAUGUAAGGGCUAUUUGACCAAGAAGGAGAGUGACGGAUUGCUGCAUCAGAUGACCUGGCCUCCACAAUCACCUGACCUCAACCCAAUUGAGAUGGUUUGGGAUGACUUGGACCGCAGAGCGAAGAGAAAGCAGCCAACAAGUGCUCAGCAUAUGUGGGAACUCCUUUAAGACUUUUGGAAAAGCAUUCCUUAUGAAGCUGGUUGAGAGAAUGCCAAGAGUGUGCAAAUGUGUCAUCAAGGCAAAGGGUGGCUACUUUGAAUAAUCAAAAAUAUUCAAAAUAUUUUGAUUUAUUAACACUUUUUUGGUUACUACUGUACAUGAUUCCAUGUGUGCUAUUUCAUAGUUGUGAUGUCUUCACUAUUAUUCCACAAUGUAGAAAAUAGUCAAAAAUAAGGAAAAACCCUUGAAUGAGUAGGUGUGUCCAAACUUUUGACUGGUACUCUAUAUGAAACGUAUACGUUAUGCAACAUAUAUGAAAAAGAGAAAUGACCCGACCUGCAUAUUCAGCUGCUUGAGGUUUAUGGCACCCCACAGAACCCUUGACUGCAAUACUUUUUUAACUUGAAACAUUGAGGUGCAAACGCUGAUUACAUGUAUUAACCUUAGAUCCUUUACUUAAUUUCAGGUACAGUUUUCCAUUCACUAUGUUUGAGUGCAAUGAUGCUGUUACUUUCAAAUUGAAUAAAAUAGUUUCAAAACCA